AUGGAGGAAUCCUACAUUCGCUACCCAAUGGCCACAGUCGUGCCAUUACUCUCCAUCUUGUCAAUCACAGUAUGCAUCACACCUCUCAUCCUGCAUGCAAAGAACCGCAACCUGCCCGCCACCAGUCUCAUCUGUUGGACAAUCCUAUUGAAUGUGUUCAACAUUAUCAAUGCCUUUAUCUGGCCUACAGAUGACAUCAACUCGUGGUGGAGUGGAGUCGGACUAUGCGAUAUAGAGGUCAAGCUCAUGGUUGGAAGCUAUGUGGCUUUCCCAGGUGCUCUGGUGGGCAUCUUCCGUGGUCUGGCCGUAGUCUUGGACACGGCGAGCACCACGCUCGUCCCAAGCCAGACUCAGCGUUGGCGAAAACGAAUUAUCGAGCUGGUUUUCUGCGUCGUGAUUCCUUCUCUUGCCAUGAUUACCCAUAUCAUCUGGCAGAAAAGUCGGUACCUGCUCUUUUCCAUCUCGGGCUGUGUGAACAACUUCGACGAGAGCUGGGUGACCUUUGUCUUGGCCUACAUGUGGCCCCCAAUCAUUUGCUUGAUUGCUGCGUAUUAUGGCUGUCUUGUUCUCAUUCGAAUGCGCAAGUAUCGCAGCGACUUCAGUUCGAUUCUGCGCUCUGCAAAUAGCCGCAUGAGCAAAUCCGGCUUCUUGCGACUUUUCUUCCUUGCUUCGACCAUGCUUGUGGCUAUUCUGCCCACUGAAAUCUAUGUGCUCUACUACGACCUGACGCUUUCACUUCCCUGGCACGCGUACUCGUGGAGUGCGAUUCACGGACCAGAGUGGUACGUGAUCCAGAAAUUUCCCACCUACGGCCAAGUCUUUUUCGACCGUUGGACCCCUAUCGCCGCAGGGUACAUGCUGUUUAUCUUCUUCGGCUUCGGUCGUGAUGCGACGCGCAUAUACCACAAUUUCUUCUGGCGCAUUGGUCUGGGACACUGCUUCCCCAUGUUCGCUCAACCUACCGACUCCACUUCUAGCGGCAGCGGCUCAAACUCCACCACUCUGGUGGGAUCGACUAUCAGUCGCGCUAAGCUGUUAUUUUACUGGGGCAAAGGUACCAAUUCAAGCGGACACGACCACAGCUUAUCCUCGCAGUCUGACACCGGCCGCAAGCCUGAGGACCGUAAUCGCGUCCACUCGCGCCAUCGCCGAGGCCGCGGGACCUCUCGGCGCCAGUGGUUGCCAAACUUCUGGUCGCGAUCCAAGAACAACGCUCGCCGCGAUGAUGAGACUUUGCUAGACCUAUCCCAACCAUCCCAGACGGUUUGUACCAGUGCGUGGGCAAGUACGAGCCAGAGUCGCGGUAGCUGUGAGCUUGAUGCUGCAUGCUCUUCUGGACCUAAUGACGGCAUCAAGAUUAAACAAGUCAUCAGCCAGAACAGCGUGGUGGAGGUUUGA